AUGGAGGACGACAAAGUAGAGGCAAUCGCCCAAAGACCGGAGACAAAGAAACAAGUCCGUUCAUUCCUUGGGUUGACAGGUUUCUAUCGCCGGUUCAUCCCCAACUUUGCCGCUAUUGCAGUGCCGCUUACAGACCUUACAAAGAAGGAUUUGCAGCAGGACUUUAUCUUGAGAACUGAUGCGCCCGACACCGGGUUUGGAGCCAUAUUAUUACAGGAGGAAGACGGUCAGAAGUGGCCAAUUGCGUACACCAGCCGGAAACUUCUUCCCCGAGAACAGAACUACGCAGUCAUUGAGAAGGAGUGUCUUGGGAUUUUGCAUUUAGCGCUUGGCAUUUUAUGCUUUGUGACGUCAGCAAUCACGUGUCCACAUGAUGACGUUACUCUAUCGCGAUGGAGUGAUGUAUCUACCUGGCCUAACAAUAAGCUUCCAGAAGCUGGGGCUAACGUCAGUAUAACUGGCGAUGUACUCUUGGACAUGUCACCUCCCGCAUUUUUUGGAGUAACGGUUGAAACAAACGCCAAACUCGUGUGGAGUCCGGGGGGAGAUUUCCAGUUGAUUACAAACUUCAUCCACUUAAAAGGAGCACUCCACAUUGGUUCUGAGACCUGUCCAUUCCAGGCAAAUGCUCGGAUUUCUUUGACAGGUGAUCGUCAAGAGUAUACGGUACCGAAGUUUGGUCAAAAAUUCGUGGGAGUGGACAACGGGGGAACGCUGGAAAUCCACGGGAAGAAGAAGCUGUCGUGGACCAAGUUAACUCGUACGGUUCCUCGACUACAGAAGACCAAUGGACUGGUCUUUUCCUCGACCUCUGACCAAUCAAUAGGACAUCAUCAAGAAGGAAUGGCCAUUUACACGUUUAAUUCUAAUGGCGGACUCAACAGUUUUAAGAUGUUUUCCACUAGUGGAGUAUCAAAAGCAGCUGCGGAUUUGGCUGUUGGCGAUAUCGUCUCCCACCUGUCUGGUAUCCCCGAUGGCAAAGUUGUCCUGAUUGGGGUCCAGUACACUAUGUUAUCGGACCAAAAUCAGGUAGACUUCUCUGCUGUCUUCGACGCUAUUGAGACAGUUGCUGGUAUUUCGCAAGGUCAAGGUCAAAUAAGACGUAUUGGAAGAUUCGACGCUUACGCUCUUGCUACUGUUAAAGGGGAUGCCUCAAAAACAAUGGAGACGUUGAGCCCUGUUCAACACUACCACCAAAGAGCUGAGGCCAGGGUGGACGUUAACGAUCUCGUGAUGGUAGCAAUAAGCAAAACUACAUCAAAACAAAUCAAAUUCUGGGAAAAUCACAGAGUUGAGUUUAAGGUCGUGAGAAAAUCAAAUGCCGCUAUCAUUUUGGACUUGAUUGAUGAUGUCAGCUCCUGGGAUGAAGGUGACCGCUUGUUGCUGACCUCAACUGAUUAUGAUAUGGAAAAAGCUGAGGUGGCCACCAUUGUCAAAUGUACAACUUGCACCAGUACGCAAGUUAAGGUGUCGUUCCUUCCACAAUUCAUGCACUACGGUGAAGUUGAAUAUAACGUUGAUAUGAGAGGCGAAGUGGCCCUACUGUCUCGAAAUAUCGUUAUAGAAGGCGUUAUGAACGCAUUUUGCCCUUCUGUAAACGGUAACUGCAACGACUACGCCUACGAUACAUUUGGUGGUCACGUAAAGGCCGUUAUAGGAUUUAAGGACGUACAUAUUGAAGGAGCAGAAUUUUACCACCUAGGCAAACAGACAGACCUAGGUCACUAUCCCAUUCAUUUUCACAUGUGUGAGGACGUGGAUGGUUCACAAUAUCCCAAUCCUCCCUACUUGCGGGAAAACUCUAUCCAUCACACCUUCGCGAGAUGUAUAACAAUCCAUGGAACACACGGUGUCACGGUUAUGGACAAUGUCGGAUACGAAUCUCUCGGUCAUUGCUUUUUCCUUGAGGAUGGUGGGGAGAAGAGGACCGUGUUUGAUGGCAAUCUCGGGGCCAGCACCAGGACCGGCAAGCUUAUACCUUCUGAUAGCCAAGCAACCACGUUUUGGAUCACGAAUCCCAAUACAGUAGUAAGGAACAAUGUCGCCGCCGGAAGUAAGGCCAAGGGAUAUUGGUUUAUCUACCCAGAUAUCCCACUCGCUGGGUCCGCUACCAAAGGUUUCAUGCAAAGGAAUGAGGCCCGUCAUACAGCCAUUAUGGAGUUCUAUAACAAUGUCGCUCAUUCAAAUAAGAUUGGACUUUUUGUGGAUGACCGACUGGACGAAAAUACUGGCCAAAUCAUUGCAGACAAUUUUUACCAUCCAAGGGAAAAUCCGUUCGAUGAUAAAUCUGCCGACAAACAUGUAAUUAUCGAAAGACUCACUGCGUACCAGAACGGACGCAAUGCAUGGAUCAGAAGUGGCUGGAUCACACUGUCCAAAGCUUCACUUGCUGGAAGUUCCACGUCUCUCCUUUUUAUCGGGUCAUGGAAUCUGAAACAGUUCCUUUCGAAAAGUGUGGUUUUAGGAGAGACAAACAACAUCGGUGAUCCUGAAAGGGGGUUAGGCUCUGACGGUUGGAAAUUGCUGCAGCGUUCAGUGCCACAUAGAUUUGAUUAUAACUUCCCUAUCCAAGGUGUAGUGUUCUAUUCUGGACCUGCAUAUGUGUUUGAUACAUUCUUUGGGAAUUUCACUACCAAUCAAUACAGAAAAGCGGGUGCUUUAGGAUUUAAGAAAAACAACAAACACGGAAGUGUCUCCAUUAGCGGCACAAAGAACAUUCAAUUCGGAUUUCCUGAUGCAAUCCUCACAGGUAACAGGGUUUAUGAUGGUAACAGCAGCAUACACGGAUUCGGUGACUUUGAUGGGGACAUUGCCGCUAAGUUUGUAGAUAUGGACGGAACGGUUACAUCGAUACCCGACAGUUCUGUUGUUCGGGAUGAUCCCUAUAUGGUUACGCCAGACUGCACAUUUCGUGAUUCCUGGAACCUGGCCGUUUGUCCCCAUAGAUAUAUAGAGAUGAAGUUUUUCAUCAUGUCACCUGGCCAUGCAGCACUAAAACCAUUUGUGUCACGUGACGACAUACCAGAUCAGCCUAGACGUCUUGCCACCACAGACUUCGUGCAUAGUUUUUCAAUGAUUGCUGACGGCCAACACAGUUACUCUGUACACUGGUCAAACGGGUCACCGUCAGAAUACAUGAUUAUAAUGAGUGGGAUGGAAAAAGAUUUCCCUAUACGCAUUGGCUUUUGUCUGCCGCGCAACGCUCAGUUCGACUUAAUGACCUGGUAUCCUACAGUCGCUUGGGGUACAAUGUUCUGGACCAAGGUGAACAGCAUACAGGAGAUAGAUGAUGAUACUAUAGGUACAAAGUACCAUUACAACAGUAACACAGGAAUGCUCUACGUAAAGUUGCGGACCCCGAUGGAUCGCGCAGCCAGAAAUUACUAUGAUUGCCUUGGUUACAAUUGUCCAAACAUACGAAUAAAUAUCAAGGGAGGAGACCUUAGUGACACUGACUGUAGCCAGAGGGAUACUCCUACACCACCUACUCAGACGCCGGUAGUGAAAAAGCGUCAGAACUCAAUGAACACGUAUUUCCAGGAACCAGAACAGGACUGGGGUGCGGGCCUUACGCUACCCUUUACCACACGACAAGGGAUAGACGGUAAAUACGGAAACUGGUCAGAAUGGGGAGAAUGUAGCGCCAAGUGUGGAGACGGUCAGUCUGUUAGGACCCGGACGUGCGACAGUCCGAGACCACAAAAUGGAGGAAAGAGUUGUGUCGGUCCGAGCCAAGAAACGAAAAGCUGUAAUGUUCAACCUUGUCCAAUUAACGGUGGCUUUGGACAGUGGUCAGCAUGGUCAGGAUGUAAAGGAGUUGUAAAUUGUAAGGGAUAUCAGGAACGAUCACGUGUCUGUGACGAUCCAGCUCCUCAAGAUGGCGGCGACUACUGUACCGGGUACUCUACGGAAGUCCGGAGUUGUACCAACAAUGGUUGCAUGUGA